CUAGAAGGAUGAGAGCAGAGGAGAGAGAGUUAGCUUUAGCAGUGCGGAGCGCCUCCGUGAUACAGAGAAGAGCAGUCUCAGUUGAAUGACUAGUCUUGAAACCUGACUGAUUUGGAUCAAGAAGGUCAUUCUGAGAGAGAUAGCGGGAGAGCUGGCCAAGGACGGCACGUUCAAGAGUUUUGGAGAGAAAAGAAAGAAGGGAUACUGGUCUGUAGUUGUUGACAUCGGAGGGAUCGAGUGUAGGUUUUUUCAAAGGGGUGCAACUCUCGCUCUCUUGAAGACGGAAGGGACGUAGCCAGCGGUCAGGGAUGAGUUGAUGAGCGAGGUGAGGUAAGGGAGAAGGUCUCCGGAAAUGGUCUGGAGAAGAGAGGAGGGGAUAGGGUCGAGCGGGCAGGUUGUUGGGCGGCCGGCCGUCACAAGACGCGAGAUUUCAUCUGGAGAGAGAGGGGAGAAAGAGGUCAGAGCACAGGGUAGGGCAGUGUGAGCAGAACCAGCGGUGUCGUUUGACUUAGCAAACGAGGAUCGGAUGUCGUCGACCUUCUUUUCAAAAUGGUUGACGAAGUCAUCUGCAGAGAGGGAGGAGGAGGAUUCAGGAGGGAGGAGAAGGUGGCAAAGAGCUUCCUAGGGUUAGAGGCAGAUGCUUGGAAUUUAGAGUGGUAGAAAGUGGCUUUAGCAGCAGAGACAGAGGAGGAAAAUGUAGAGAGGAGGGAGCGAAAGGAUGCCAGGUCCGCAGGGAGGCGAGUUUUCCUCCAUUUCCGCUCGGCUGCCCGGAGCCCUGUUCUGUGAGCUCGCAAUGAGUCGUCGAGCCACGGAGCGGGAGGGGAGGACCGAGCCGGCCUGGAAGAUAGGGGACAUAGAGAGUCAAAGGAUGCAGAAAGGGAGGAGAGGAGGGUUGAGGAGGCAGAAUCAGGAGAUAGGUUGGAGAAGGUUUGAGCAGAGGGAAGAGAUGAUAGGAUGGAAGAGGAGAGAGUAGCGGGGGAGAGAGAGCGAAGGUUGGGACGGCGCGAUACCAUCCGAGUAGGGGCAGUGUGGGAAGUGUUGGAUGAGAGCGAGAGGGGGAAAGGAUACAAGGUAGUGGUCGGAGACUUGGAGGGGAGUUGCAAUGAGGUUAGUGGAAGAACAGCAUCUAGUAAAGAUGAGGUCGAGCGUAUUGCCUGCCUUGUGAGUAGGGGGGGAAGGUGAGAGGGUGAGGUCAAAAGAGGAAAGGAGUGGAAAGAAGGAGGCAGAGAGGAAUGAGUCAAAGGUAGACGUGGGGAGGUUAAAGUCGCCCAGAACUGUGAGAGGUGAGCCGUCCUCAGGAAAGGAGCUUAUCAAGACAUCAAGCUCAUUGAUGAACUCUCCGAGGGGACCUGGAGGGCGAUAAAUGAUAAGGAUGUUAAGCUUGAAAGGGCUGGUAACUGUGACAGCAUGAAAUUCAAAGGAGGCGAUAGACAGAUGGGUAAGGGGAGAAAGAGAGAAUGACCACUUGGGAGAGAUGAGGAUCCCGGUGCCACCACCCCGCUGACCAGAAGCUCUCGGGGUGUGCGAGAACACGUGGGCGGACGAAGAGAGAGCAGUAGGAGUAGCAGUGUUAUCUGUGGUGAUCCAUGUUUCCGUCAGUGCCAAGAAGUCGAGGGACUGCAGGGAGGCAUAGGCUGAGAUGAACUCUGCCUUGUUGGCCGCAGAUCGGCAGUUCCAGAGGCUACCGGAGACCUGGAACUCCACGUGGGUCGUGCGCGCUGGGAUCACCAGAUUAGGGUGGCAGCGGCCACGCGGUGUGGAGCGUUUGUAUGGUCUGUGCAGAGAGGAGAUAACAGGGAUAGACAGACACAUAGUUGACAGGCUACAGAAGAGGCUACGCUAAUGCAAGGAGAUUGGAAUGACAAGUGGACUACACGUCUCGAAUGUUCAGAAAGUUAAGCUUACGUAGCAAGAAUCUUAAGAAUCUUAUUGACUAAAAUGAUUAAAAUGAUACAGUACUGCUGAAGUAGGCUAGCUGGCAGUGGCUGCGUUGUUGACUUCUUCAGUUGUGCAAACCCACAGUUUCAUCAGCUGCCCGGGUAGCUGGUCUCAGACCAUCCUGCAGGUGACGAAGCCAGAUGUGGAGGUCCUGGGCUGGCGUGGUUGCAUAUGGUCUGCUGUUAUAAGGCUGGUUGAACGUAUUGCCAAAUUCUCUAAAACAAUGUUGGAGGCGGCCUAUGGUAGAGAAACAUUACAUUCUCUGGGAACCGCUCUGGUGGCGAUUCCUGCAUUCAGCAUGCCAAUCACACCAAUCUGUGACAUUUGUAGAGUGACCUUUUACUGUCCCCAGCACAUGGUGCACCUGUGUAAUGAUCAUGCUGUUUAAUCAGCUUCUUGAGAUGCCACACUUGUCAGGUGGAUGGAUUAUUUUGGCAAAGGAGAAGUGCUCACUAACAGGUAUGUAAACAAAUUUGUGCACAACAUUUGAGAAAAAUAAUCUUUUUGUGCAUAUGGGAAAAUGUCUGGGAUUUUUUAUUUCAGGUUAUGAAACACGGGACCAACACUUUUUUCCAGUGUAGAAAUGACUCCAAUCUAAUAUAAAAUAAUACCUGCUAAUAUUACCUCCUGUACAAAAGCUGGGUGACCGGUCGAGAAGGGGGAGCAGGGGCUUGAUGUUGCUACGGAGGCCAGUGUGUAGAUUGGGCGUUUCACAGAUUGAAUGUCUGAUUAUUAUUACCUGAGGUGCCGAUGCUGCGUGAGAAGGGGUGAGGGGGUUUGAAAAACACUCAGGUUGAACCCCCCCCAACACACACACAAAUUAGCUGUGUUUUGGUAGUUAACAGCCCCUCAGCUGUUGCCAUGGAAAUGUGAAAUUGACCCAGCCUACGCAGUAUCGUUCCCUCUCAUCUACUGUAUGGUACUACGCAAUGAAAUCUACUGAGUCAAUUACUGUAUGUUGGGUGCAUAACAAUCAUUUGUGUAACUUUAUAUUAUGGUAUUUUUACGUUAGAAUAACACCAAGGUAAAUUACGUCAUAUGACGUUUACAUUAACAGUGAUUAUGUAUUUAACACAACUUGAUUACAUAAUCUUUGUAUGGUUUAAGUGCUGUCUUGUAUUUCAUUUGAACCUUAAAUCAUGAAGGUCUACUUUUAGCAUAGCAAACACAGUCCUUUUUAGAAAACUGGUUCAUUAUGAAGUAGGCUUUGUGGUACAUGCAUACCUGCUAUUGAAACUCUCCUGCCACGGUUGCUCAUGUGCACUUUUGACCCAAGUGUGAUUGGUAAUUUGACAGCUGUACAAAGACAAAACAAAGUGAAUGUUGUCACAGUUCAAAUACAGUUUCUGGAGGUGCGGCAAUUAUUUUCUACUGUUAAACUGUAGCUAAGUAUAGGUAAGUACAGGGUAUGAUAUUAGUGUUAAUACUGUUACUCCCUAUAGGUUAACAACCCCACCCCAUAAUUUAUUGGAUUUUGAGGUAAGCUAUCUAUUUUUUCAGGGUUUCCAAGGCAACAUUCCAAAACAAUUCUAGCAAAAAGAGUUCCCCCUUAAAAAAAAGAAAAUCCCAACUGAAGCUUGGCUGAAACCUACAUCUAGGCUAAGUGCAUCAACAAUAACUAAAGAGUGUGAAGAGUACUGUCUACACAUUCAUGACCAUGGGUUGGGUCAACAGAAUUUCCCUAUUUAAAUCAAUUAAUGAAUCAAUACAGUCUUCUGAGUUGAUUAGAAAAGUGGCUGAGUUAGUGGACAAUGUCUCUUCGCUGCCUCACCAUGAAAUGAGUCUGUCCCUGUCAGCGUUUUAAUGGGUCCUCAGUCAAAUUUUAAAAGAGCCAAUUAGUUCAGCCCAAAUGGUAGUUUCAUGAGUUUUUCUCUGAGGGCUAUAGUGCUAGUGAAACAGUGUGAGAUGUCACACACACACAGUACAUCUGCCUCAGUUUGCACCUCAGGCCCGUGACUUCUCACCCCCGCCCUGCUGCUCCACGUGUGUGCGUAUGUCUGUCUUCAAAACUGCUCCUAGUCUCACACCACGGCAGAACUCUCUACUCUAAUCACCUAGCGGGUCACACUCACAGCUCACCAGAUGUCUGACAAGGAUCUGAGCAUUGUAUGGAUGAGCUUCUUAUCGUCUCAUCAUCAUCGAGCUAAGAGGGAUCAUUAAGUCAGUGGGACUGCGCAUUGCUGCUUGUAUACCUGGCCUGUUAUCAUAGAGCGAGUGCAUGAUAUGUGCCUCUGAUGCACUUGUUCUGUACUGCAGGGAUCCUGUUAUGUAAAAAGGUUUGAAGCCAUAACUUUACAUCGGGCUGUCAAAGUUUAGAAAUAGUCGCACCGUAUCCAAUUCCUUAGCCGUAAUUGGUACCAUAUUUUAGCUGUACUAGCUGUUGCCAUAACAGUAGUCAUAACUGUUGCCUUAAGUGUCUGUAAAGCCAUAACGGCAGUUUUAAGUGGUGCCAUAAGCCAUAAAAGUGUCCCUUCACGCUACUGCCAUUGCCUUAAGCCCUAACCCACGCCCAUUCCCCAGCCACAACUGUUACAAUAACCAUAGCCAUAAUCUGUGCCAUUAUCCAUAAGCUGUAGCCAAGCAUAAUAUGUUACAUCAUCCCCGGCCAUAAGCCUCAGCCAACCAGAACUGUAGCCACAACUUUGGCUGUGGCCCCUAGCCAUUCUGGCAGACAGGCUGCUGUACUGUCGUAUCCUAGGCUGGGCCUCACUGCUAGGAGCCUGAGGAGAGGAGAGGACUGUUCCAGUGCUGUAGAGGUCUGACUGCACUGGGCCAUUUCCUCCUCUGUGUAAACAUCCUAAAUCGGGGUGUAAACAGUGAGAGUGUGGAACAAUACUCUGAGAGGGGCAGGGGGCCUUUCUGGUUUCCCUGUUCCUGAGGCUGUCCAUAUAUCCGCCCCAGCUGUAGGUAGGGGUAAUCACGUAGGCAUAGCUACCACCUGGUUCACCUAGCUGGAGCCUGCGGGGAGCGAUUUACGGCCUAUCGCUACACAUACAUGCUGCUGCACAGAGCAGCAUGGCACUAUACCCAUGACCCAUUGACGUUUUCCUGACAGCCAGGUAGGCUGAUAUGAGGAUGACUAUCUGAAGAAUGAGGGCCUGUGAGAGGGAAACAUGAGACCCGGGGGUCUGGUGAGUGGUGAAGGGCCAGCUCUGACCCAACCCGGACCGGCCUUUCAGACUGAAACAAACGCAGGAGGCCGAUGUGCGGCUCUAGCGACAAUGAUGAGGAUCAGAUUGGUAAUGUGACGAGUGGUGGGGGGGUGUGUCUGUCUUUCUAUGGAGAUGUAGCCAAAUGAGGCGUGAAACAAACACAGAAUGGUUGGCAUUCUGUCUGUAUACUGUAGCUUUUUUUAAAUGACACAAUCUGUGUCUCUGCCUCUAUCUUACUGUACUGACCCACGCUUGGACAUUUCACACAACAUAUGUGGAUGUGCCUUAAUUCUACAAUUGCCUCUGUUUUGAUGACUGCUGUAAUUUGAAUUCCGGUUGCAAAGCAUUCCAAAUACAGUACAGUGAAGAUAAAGCGGUGCAUUGAGUCAUGCAGCACAGACCCAGUUAGGCCUGUGUUCGUGCUUUCAGGAGAACUGUAUACAUUCUCCUGUUGUGUACUAUAUUUCAGGGGGGAGGAACUCUGCAACAGUGACUGAGCAGCUUCUCAUGGAGCAAACCAUUUCUGCCAGGGAGAGAGGGGGUAGUCCUGUGUGCCGUAAAGCAUGCGGGACGUCCUUUCCUAAAGCGUGCUCGCUGCUAAGCUCCCCAAGGCUCCUCCACGAGGGGUCUCUCAUUGAGCUGUCCUCUCACUGCCACACAGUCUCCCUUUCUCUAUUCACAGUGCCUGGGGGACUGAUUUCAUAACCACCCCCCUCUAUUUCUCUCUGUGAUGGGCUGUCCUCUCAGUGCCAUACGUUUCUUUUCUGUCUGUGAGGGAGGUGAUUAGAGUACCUCCGCGUGAUCAAAUGUGCGAGAUCAGAAGAGCUCGCUGAAAGCGAGUGCAGGAAAAAGGAGAGGGCGCAAGCCUGCCUGUGGAAUGGAAAGCUCUUGGCGGUGUUCUGCUUCUCCCAGAACCCUGUCAGAGGAGUUAGUGCUCUGUCUCUGGACUGCAGCUACUUCUUCUGCUCUCAGCCCACUCGUUGAGGCUGCUGCCUGGCACCUGCGUGUUCCUCUGACUGACUUUACGUCUCACACAUACAGGCCAACGCUAGGCUGAGCUGGGCUUCAGGUGUCCUGAAGCUCAGAAUGAGUGCUGUAGGGGAAAGUGCCCUGGAACCUGCUACGCCAGAGUCCCGCAAGAGAAAGGGCUCACCAUGCGACACCUCAGAGCAGAGUGUGGAGAAGCGUCGGCGGGAGCUGGAGUGUCGUUACAUAGACGAGCUGGCCGAGCUCCUGUCUGCCAACAUGGGCGACAUGGCCAGCCUCAACGUCCAGCCAGACAAGUGCCACAUCCUCAAGAGCACCGUGGACCAGAUCCAGCAGAUCAAACGGCGCGAGCAGGAGAAAGCGGCUUUGGUGUCACCGGAAGACGAGGUGCAGAAGAGUGACAUCUCGUCCAGUAGUCAGGGCAUGGUGGAGAAAGAGGCUCUGGGGCCGCUGCUGCUCGAGGCUCUGGACGGCUUCUUUUUUGUGGUGAACCGUGAGGGCCGGAUGGUGUUUGUGUCGGAGAAUGUGACGGGUUACCUAGGCUACACCCAGGAAGAGCUGAUUACCUCCAGUGUCUACAGCAUCCUCCAUGUGGGAGACCACGGCGAGUUUGUCCGCAACUUGCUGCCCAAGAGCCUCGUGAACGGGGUGCCGUGGCCCCAGGAGCAGGGUCGGAGGAACAGUAACACAUUUAACUGCCGGAUGCUAAAGAGGCCUCCUGAUGAGGUGGACUCAGAGAACCAGGAAGCACGACAGCAGUACGACAUCAUGCAGUGUUUUACUGUCUCCCAGCCCAAAGCCAUGCAGGAGGAAGGAGAUGACCUGCAGAGCUGCCUGAUCUGCAUAGCCUGCCCGAUGCCCCGCCCCCAGCAGCUACCCGCCAUCCGCACUGAGUCCUUUAUCACCAAACAGGACCCCACAGGGAAGAUCAUCUCCAUAGAGACCAGUGCUCUGCGGGCGACGGGGCGACCGGGCUGGGAGGACCUGGUCAGGAAGUGUAUCUACGCCUUCUUCCAGCCGCAAGGCAAAGAACCCUCUCACGCCAAGAAGCUGCUCCACGAGGUGAUGACCCAUGGCACGGCCAUCAGUCCUCUUUACCGGUUUAACCUGAGCGAUGGGACCCCCCUCAGCGCUCAGACCCGCUGCAAGUUCUGCUGCCCCCCUAACCAUGACGUUCAGCCCUUCAUCAUGGGCAUUCACACUAUCGACAGGGAACACAACACUGCUAGCUCUCAGGAAAACACUAACUCCAGCCUUCUACUGACCCAUAGGAGCCCUGCUCCCUCCCACUCCCCUUCCCUCCCCCCGGGCAGCGAGGCCAGCCAAGCCCCAGGCCCCACUUCGGGCCUCCAUCUCAACAACGGCAAAAGCUCCAGCACCACCUCCCCCACCACACCCACCAGCCAUUCAGCAGGGUACCUGACGCCCACCCGGAUGUGUCCUCAGCAGGUCAACAGCCCCUCGCCCCUGGGAAGCCCCCUCACUGCCACCCCUACCUCAUUUAUGUCGCCCAGACCCCCCAGGGCCAGUCCGGGGCUGGGCGGCAGCCCACGUGUCCCAGGGAACCCCUUCUCCCCUUCCACCCCUGGCCUGCACUCUCCGGCACCGUCCCUGGGAGGUGGAGCUGCUGGCGGUGGAAGUGGAAUCCUCAGCCGGCACCACUCUGGUGGGGACAGUGGAGCAGGGACCCCCCUGGGUUUCUCUCUGCCCUCCCCUUUACCUCAGAGGCAGGCCAGCACCCCCACCAGCUCCCCAGCACGCCCUCCCCCCGCCAAGCCCCCCGAGGGAGGAGGAGGACGUGGGGGCGGAGAGGACUUGGCUAAAGGAAAAUUAGGGGGGAACUCCAAACUCAACCAGCCCCUGGACAAUGGUGGCGUGGGGGCGCCUAGGGACCCCAAAAACACAUCUACCAAACCCACCUCCACCCCUCAGUGCCCGGCCUCCCACAGUACACUGACGGAGCGCCACAAGAUCCUCCACCGCCUCCUGCAGGACAGCAGCCCGGCUGAGGGCAGCAACGGCAAGGAGUCUGAAAUCAAGAAGGAGCCUCCUGCCAGCCCUGUCACUGCCAACCCCAACGGACCCCCCAGCACCCCUCAGGACCACCAGCUGCUGCGCUUCCUCCUGGACACGGAUGAGAAGGACCUGGGCGACCUGCCCCCUCCGGCCGCUCUCAGCCUGCAGACGGUCCGGGUCAAGACUGAGAAGAGGGCCAGCGGGGACACUACGCCCUGCGCUGCAGCCUGCGCCAGCCCCAAGCCCAAACCGAGCCCUGCAGACAGCAGGCCGUCCAGAGACCCGUUCCCCAGUGGAUCUGCUGACCUGGACCCUCUCAGCCAGCUGCUGCCCACCCUCAGGGGCCCUGCAGGGGCCAAGCAGGGCAGCGAGGAGCAGGGUGGUCCCCAGACCCAAGCCCUGUCGUCCCAUAGCCAAACCCAACCUCAACCACGGCUCCAUUCACCUCCACAGCCCCAGACACAGCCUUGGCUCCAAUCACCUCUUCAAACCAAACCUCAGAACCAUCUCCAGCUUCAGUCCCCUACCCAGCUUCAGUCCCCUACCCAGCUUCAGUCCCCUACCCAGCUUCAGUCCCCUACCCAGCUUCAGUCCCCUACCCAGCUUCCGUCACCCACCCAGCUUCCGUCCCCUACUCAGAUUCAGUCCCCUACUCAGCUUCAGUCUCCCACCCAGCUUCAGUCCCCUACCCAGCUUCAGUCCCCUACCCAGCUUCAGUCACCUACCUUACUCCAGCCCAGUGGGGCCAACAUUGUCAAGGCCGUGACCGUGAAGAGGGAGCCUCCUGGAAGACCAAGCCGAGGGCUCACUGAUGGCUCCAGCCUGCAGAACCAGUCACACUUUGACUUCUGCAGCCCCAGCCAGAGACCGGGACAAGGGGAACUCUUCCAGACACCCAAAGGCAGCAGCCCCUUUAAAGAGCCUGGACUAAUGAACUCAUUCAACUCCAACACCGCGUUGUCUAAGAUAGAGACAGACUCUCAGCAGUUCCAGACCCUGGCCCUGACUGAGACUCUGUCCUUUGAUGGAGGCGUGGGAAACCCUGUGCAAGCCUCUCUGGCGUCCCCUCAGGAGCAGUGUGUCCCGUGCCCACUGGAUGAGCUGCUGUGCCCCCCCACCACCCCCGAGGGACGUAACGACGAGAAGGCCCUCCUGGACCAGCUGGUGUCCUUCCUGAGUGGCACAGAUGAGAGCGAGUUGGCUGAACUGGACCGAGCCCUGGGCAUCGACAAGCUGGUGAAGGGCGGCUGCUUCAACCCCGUCCCUCAACGGUUCCCCUCCCAGCCUCCUGCCACAACCCCCAUCUCCAUGGACCCCAAGCUGCCCGGCUACCCCUCUCAGUUCAACCCUGGCCCCCCUGCCCAGUUCCCUCCAGAGAUAGCAGGGGUGCAGAGUAUGGGGGGCUUCGGUGCACCCAGGGGGGCCUUCCCUGGGGGCAUGAUGCUGAGGCCUGGCAUGGGCAGAGCUCCUGGCAUGACCAACCAGCUCCGGCUGCCUCCCAACCAGCUGAGGUUACAGCUGCAACAGAGGCUGCAGGGCCCACAGCAGCUGCAGAACAGGCUGGCUGCCAUGAGCCCGUUCCCAGGGGAAGCUCACGUUGCCAUGGGGAUGCGUCAGGGAGGGCAGCAGCCUCAGAUGCCCUCUCAGCCUCCUCUGAACGCCCAGAUGCUGGCCCAGAGGCAGCGGGAGCUCUACAGCUUCCAGCACCGCCAGAGACAACUCCUGCAGCAGAAGGUCAUGUUGAUGAGGCAGGGCAUGGGGGGUGGUGGGCCUAUGGGAGCCACCAGGGAACAAAAAGGACCCCAGCCACAGCAACAACAGUUUGGCUACCCUCCAGGCUACAGCCCCAUUCCAGGGAACCCACCCAGCUCCCCCAGCCUAUUCAACCCCAUGGGAGGGACCCAGGACCCUAAGUUGUCGGGCCAGGGCCCUAUGGGCAGCCAGGCAACUAUGAUGGGGGGGAUGCAGGGACAGUUUGGGGGGGCGGUGAACUCGGCGGUGCAGCCUGUGCUCUUCCAGCAGUUUGGAGGACCAGGUAUGGUCCAGCAAGGAGACCCCUCGUUCCCUCCAGAGCUCAGCCCCACCAGUCCCCUGCUGUCCCCUCAGAACUCCACCACCCAGAGUCCUCUGCUCCAGCAGGCCCAGCCUCCUCCUGGGUACCAGUCACCUGACAUGAAGAGUUGGCAGCAAGCUGGCAUGGGCGGAAACAGCUUGUUCAGCCAGUCUGGUCAGACGACGCCCCAGGCCUUUGGGCAACAGGGCGUCUACAACAACAUGAGUAUCACCGUGUCAAUGGCAGGAGGCUCAGGGGCGGUGGGCUCGCUACCUUCCAUUGGACCACCUGUUGGCAUGGGCAACAGUAACCUUGGUGACAUCAACUCCAUGUGUAACGAUCAGGUACAGCAGGUUCAAGUGUUUGCCGACGUCCAGUGUACGGUGAACCUGGUGGGCAGCGACUCCUACCUGAACCAGUCGGGGUCCAUAGGCACCCAGAAGGGCCCCCAGGGGCCUCAGAGCAGCCAGUCCCAGCAGAAGAGCCUCCUCCAGCAGCUCCUCACAGAGUGACUCCUCAGCUCAGCCGCCUGCCAGGAGAGAGGUGCUCCACAGACCACCGACCUCUUCUCUUUCUCACCUUUGGUUUUAGACACCUGCCUGCCGGACUGGUUAGGAGGGCCCUGGGAUGGAGACUGAGGUCCAGGUAAGAGUGUGUCUGACCUGCCAGCCUGCCAGCCAGCCUCAGCCCAUACCGUACCAUAAGGCAGCAGCUAUUGUUCAGCGCUCAUUCCUGGUUACCUACUUUCAACACAAAGUCUGCUUUCUGUUCUGAGAAAGGAAACAGCUUCCGGUUUUGCCAAGAUGUUGUGGUUGUCAAAAGAGGAUCUGGUUCCUAAUUGCCCGUUCCGUCAGGUCCAUCGCAGCAGUGCGUCUUGGGAAUGCGAUCAACAUGCAGCUGAGCUCAGCUGUGGGUGGUUAACCCGUCGUCUCAACUUUUGCUCUAGCGUGGGGUGGUGUUGUGGGGACAACGUUUUGGGAAUGUUAGGUUUUUAAACCUCUGCAGUGGGAAGCUCAGUUUCAGCUGGAUCUGUGACUGACUAGCUCUCUCCAUUGCAGUGCCUGAUGGGAGGAAAUUCCCAGCUCUCGUUUUUUGUUUUUGUUUCUCUGUUCUCGUCGUCUGCGUCGUCAGGACAACAAGCAGCCGGGAUGUGAUGGGAUGGGAGAUUGCGCUGCUCUGCUUAGUUGGCAACACCAUCUUUCACAUUUUCAAACCACCAGACUGUCAAAGUAACUGUCUUACACAUUUUUCUCCCCAGCAGCUGUGAAUAUGAGCCAUGUUGGGCUCUCCUUGGCCUAUCAGUAUUGUUUGUCAUGUAUAACCGUGCAGGUGGGUAGUAUUGUACAGCACAGAUGGACAAAAAAUUGGGAUGAGUUCACACUUUCUACUUUCCUUUCAAAAGCGUCAUUUAAUUUACUCUAAAAUGCAACUGUCGUUUUUAGCUCAAACUAUACAUUGUGAUUCAAUGCGGUUUUCUUCCGUUUUUUUAUUUGAGAGUAACAUGUCAGUUAUUAUAAUUUUUUACGGCGAUAUUUGGCAUUAUGAAAAUGUAACUCUGCUAAAUAUGCUCUGUGUUCUGUAAUGUGAAAAAAGAAAAUCUCGGUAUAAGACUGAUUGAUUUUAGAAAUGGCUAGCUCUGCUCUUUUGGCAUCCCUUUGAAUGUUUUAAAUCCCCUAAAAUGUACCUCAAAACGAACAAGAAUAGGUUCUCAAUAUUACACAAUGACAUGAAUAGGUUGUAACUCGUAACCGUAGAACUUCCUCACUCAGAAGUGAUGGAAGUUGAAUGGGGUGUUUUAGCUCUCUCUCCUCCAACUCUCUGCCCGUGAUGAUGUCAUUCCACUGGCCACACACUACAGCUCUUUUUUGACUGCUCAUGUGACUACUGUUGCCCAGUCAGACACUGUCUAUCAGCGCUAACCUCUGAUAUUUUACUAUACACAUUCAGUCACAUAGAAAGUCUGGCCAAAAAAUACCAUGUUUUAUUUAUGUGGGUAAACAAUAACCUAUUAACAAGCAAUAAACCCGAAAAUGACGAGAAAGCAACAACAGAAAGAGCAAAGUUCGGCGACGUAAUGAUAAUGAAAAAUCAAGUCUAAUUUGGCUUUUGGCUUCUCUGCUCUAUCCCGGGUAUGUGUAUUUCUCUGCUCUACCCCGGGUAUGUGUAUUUCUCUGCUCUACCCCGGCCGGGUAUGUGUAUUUCUCUGCUCUAUCCCGGGUAUGUGUAUUUCUCUGCUCUAUCCCGGGUAUGUGUAUUUCUCUGCUCUAUCCCGGGUAUGUGUAUUUCUCUGCUCUAUUCCGGGUAUGUGUAUUUCUCUGCUCUAUUCCGGGUAUGUGUAUUUCUCUGCUCUAUCCCGGGUAUGUGUAUUUCUCUGCUCUAUUCCGGGUAUGUGUAUUUCUCUGCUCUAUUCCGGGUAUGUGUAUUUCUCUACUCUAUCCCGGGUAUGUGUAUUUCUCUGCUCUAUCCCGGGUAUGUGUAUUUCUCUGCUCUAUCCCGGGUAUGUGUAUUUCUCUGCUCUAUCCCGGGUAUGUGUAUUUCUCUGCUCUAUCCCGGGUAUGUGUAUUUCUCUGCUCUAUCCCGGGUAUGUGUAUUUCUCUACUCUAUCCCGGGUAUGUGUAUUUCUCUGCUCUAUCCCGGGUAUGUGUAUUUCUCUACUCUAUCCCGGGUAUGUGUAUUUCUCUACUCUAUCCCGGGUAUGUGUAUUUCUGACUAACAGAAGGCUUUCUUAAGGGUGUUAUGGUCCAACUAGAUAUCUGACUGUGUAUAUACAAGGUAUUUUACAAAGUGUGCAACAUUACCCGAGCACAGCUAAUAACCGAGGAGGGUUAGGGAUGAUCAGUUGAAAUAGCAUGCAUGAUCACCAUCCUCCUCCGGAGACCUCAAAUUGAAUGCCAACUACUUUAAUGUGCUAUGAUUUCUGAAUCACGUUGUGUACCGUUUCAAUGGCGUUUGUGUGCCUGUGCUUUAUACCCAAACAGUGGCUCAGGUGUCCUCAGCAUACAACUCAAAUUCAACCUGAAAAUGGCAUCAUUUCGUGUGGUGUUGAUUCAAGUUGACAUGAAAAGCUGGUAGCAGUUCCACUUCGGAAACUCAUUUGUGAAACUGAUACACUGUGAUUGGACAUACCACUUGUUCCUGUCAUUCUAAGACACUUAAAAUGUUGCUGUGCUUUUAGCCUAUUGCAUUUCAUUCAAAACAAUAUAUAUAUACGAUUAAUAGAUGAGAUAUUUAAGUGUAUCUUUCUUCUGAUAAGGUAAAUGUUUUAUUUUCUAUUUGAAAGGGAUGUGGGUUAACAAUUAGUACUUAUCAAUGUUAAAGCCAUUCCUGAGCCACUGUUUGGUUUAUGUAAAUAAACAUACACUUUACAAAACACACAGAAGCAAGACAAAAUUAACUGAAUGUAUGUGGAAGGAUUCCAUUUGUUUUCAGUAUACAUUUGUACUAUAUAGGGUACCAGCUAAUGGUUUCAUACUCCCAGAAGUGUUACAAAGGAUAACUUUUCCUGGAUAUCUUCUUCACGUACUCUCCAGCCUUCGCUCCUCAUUUAGGAACAGGCAUUACUGUCUAGAAAAUGUUAAUAGAACUACGUCAAAUGCAGAAGUUCAUCUGAUCUGUUAAUAUGAACUGUUUAGCAUUUGGGAUAUAAUAUGCCAAAUUCCAAGCACCGUUCGACAACGGUCAUUAACUAACAGACAUUCGUAUAUGCAAGAGCCGCUCAAUGGCAAAGACAGUCCAUUCAGUACAGGUACAAGGUAAAUAUUUGAACUGGUUCUUCAACAUGUAUAUAACAGACAAUGUGAAUAUGUAUUUGUUCAGAAUCAACAAAAUGUAGUGCUCCAAGUUUGUGGUAUUAACUACUCGCUUCCAUUUUAUUAUUAUUUUUUAUUUUUUACGUAUAUGACUGUCUGAGUGUGUGUAUGUAUGUGAUUAAUACUGUAUAUCUGGUGUUUAAGAUGGAAACUGAAUAUGUCCGGAUUUGAUUUCUUCUUCUUUUUAUAGAUACCUGCAAGUUUUCCUGUGGGUGUUGUUCUGAUUGCUCUUUAUGUGAGAGAAUGGGUUAGCGACUGCUGAAUGUGAUUUUACUGAGAGAGAAGCAGUGUGGACUGGCUUUUGUACGGGUUCAUUUAAAAACAAACAAAAACACACACAAAAAAAGGCCAUAUUAUUUAAUUGCUCUGAUGUUAAAACGUUUAAACAGAUCUGAGAAAGUGGAACCUUGUAUUCUGAGAAGCAUCGCUUUGGUAGUUAAGUGGGCUUUUGUAGAUCGCCUGAUAUACUUUUAGCGUUUAAAAAAAGUAAUGACCAAAGCUUUAAGAUGUUUAAUUCAUAUCAUAUGCAAGCCUCAUGCAAUUGGACGAGACAAAAUGUAGCGUUUGUUCACUUUUCUAAAAGGAAAUAGUCUACAUACUAGCUCCUCCUUGACCACACUACUAAUUUGUGGUAGUUUGUGCUUUGCGUGUUUGUCCUUUAUUUCCUUUUCCACACAAUUUGUCCUAAGACACUGACAAGUGACCUAUCAGAUAUAGUAUUUUUAUCUAACUUCUAUUCUUUGGAAUAUCCCAAAGUAUGAUCAGUUAGAAACUUCCUCUCCUUGUUGCCGUUGACUCCUGGCAAAGACGCAAAAAGACUUGUAGGGCCUGACAUGCUGUCACUGUUUACAGGAAGAGAGAAACUUGCAACAGCUAGCUAUGCACCUUAACAAAAAGCUUUUUUUAACACUGAUUUAGGUAUUCAAAACUAACUCGAAUUUGAAUCGAUGAUUUAAAUCAAUAUAUUUUAGUUUAUUGAAAGAAGAAGUGAAACCUAGUGAACCAAUUAUUAUUUAAUUUUUUUACUCAACUAGCAUUGGUGAUAGUUGUCUGAACUUGUGGGUCUGCUCUAUCAACUGAAUCUCACAGAUUAAGAUUAUUCAAUCAAAUAUUUCAAUUUAUUUAGCUGAAUACUUUAUACCAAAUUUGAGGUGCUUCUUGUAUAUACAGUAUUUUCUGCACAGAGGACUGCUCGCUGUUUGAUGAUAAUGUUAAGGAGGAUUUUCUUAUCUUUACCUUUAUAAAACAAGUUUGCUGCAUUUUACAUUACUUUUGUACAAGAAAUCUAAAUAUUCCAGGAAUUUGCAAGAAAUACAAUCUACUUUUGCACUUUAUCUCAGAAUUAUUUAGAGGAAACAGGCCAUCAUAAAUACUACUCAUGUUCACAUUAGAUUACUAUUUAAUCAUCAUAAAUCCCCUAAAUCACAGGAGGUUGGUGGCACCUUCAUUGGGGAGGACGGGCUCGUGGUAAUGGCCAAAGCGGAAUAGGUGUAAUGGUAUCAAAUACAUCGAACACAUGGUUUUCAUAUGUUUGAAGCCAUUCCUUUUGCUCCGUUCCAGACAUUAUUAUGAGCUGUCCUCCCCUCAGCAGCCUCCUGUGCCCUAAAUAUAAUAGAAAGUAAAUUAUAGAUUUCUCGGGUUCUUAAGAACUUGGUUGCAGAGCCCAUCAAUAUGAUUACAAAAGAGAAGUGUACAUUCUCUACUACUACUCUUAGUAGUUUCACAUAUGAUCCUUCUCUCUGCCACAGAGCCUCAAUCUAAACUAUGCCUUUCUUCUUCAGGUGAUCCACUGCCCCUCUCCCCUUGGCCAUUAGUUAACUAACGCGCUUACACUCAUACGUCCUGUCCUGUGUAACCGAUGUGAAAUGGCUAGCUAGUUAGCGGUGGUGCACGCUAAUAGCGCUUCAAUCGGGUGACGUCACUCGCUCUGAGACCUUGAAGUAGUGUAGUUGGGCGCGAUGGGUAACGAUGCUUCGAGGGUGACUUGUCUGUGUGCAGAGGGUCCCUGGUUCGAGCCCAGGUAGGGGCGAGGAGAGGGACGGAAGCUAUACUGCUACAGCAGCUUUAACUGUUCAAAACAUUCCUCCUCAACUCUGCUCUUAGCUACCAGCAAUCAUUGUGCUCUGGUCUAUACUGUAGCAUUUAACAUUUCAGUCAUUUAGCAUAUGCUCUUAUCCAGAGUGACUUACAGUAAGUAGUGAGUUAAUACAUUUUCCUGUACUGGUCCCCUGUGGGAAUCGAACCCCGUUGCAGGCGCCAUGCUCUACCAACUGAGCCCCACGGGACCAGCAGCAGUUCUAUUCUAUAUAUUUCUAGGCGUAGUAAUUCUUACCAAGCAGUAACAGCCCUACAUACGUGUACUGCUGUCCCCUGCGUCUGUUAUUUUGUCAUUGUCACCACCUUGUAACAUACUGCCUAAUGCAGAAGCAACUAUCAUCCUUGUUAAGAUUAAUGCACUCUACCUUCUACAGGUAUUACUUCUCAACUGUUCCGAGUAUUGGAGCAACUGUCUGCUGAUGAUGUUUGUCAAGUAUUGUAAGUGCUGCAUAAUCGAGACUGAAGUUGGUUGUGGAUGGAGAAAUCAAAAGCUUGUCUCGCCACUUAUAAGGCCAAUGCUUUCUCAUUGAAACGAGGUUCCACUUUUCCCCCUGUAAAAUUAAUAUAAAUAAAUAUAAAUAUAUAUAUUAUACAUUUUACUCAUUUUGUCCAGUUUUGUUUAAUAUACUUGUGUAAACUUGUUUUUAGACAGGCAUCAGAGCAGCUGUGUGGGUGGGACAAUAUGAAUGCAGUAUCUGGGGGAAUUAUGCAUGUUUUUAUUUCUGUGUCCAGGUGGAAUACCUGGGAUAAAUCCUACCUUUUCUUAGGACGUCGUAGACAAUCAGUCUCAGGCUGGGUCAAGUAGCCACAGGGGGUCCCUGUAGACUGAAAAGCAACAUUUUUGCAUCUACUGAAACAGUCUUAUUUGUCUGUCAAUUUUUUGGGAGGUAUCUGGCUGCUCAGACUGGGAUUAGUUCAAAGUUUACACACACACAACACACACACCUCGUGCGUUCGGUCCCUCUAUUGCUUUUCCAAGGUGAAGAUGCAGACCUUGACGGAAAUGAUGCUUUGACUAACAAAUCUAUAACAUCCAUGAAUGUGAGAAUGCAACACAUUUGCAAUAAAAACACCAAUUAAAACGGGAUAUGUAAUGUUG